UUCCUGCUGACCUUAAUAAGAUGCACCUUACAGACCACGCCCAUCAGCAGGUGAUGCACAUGCCUCCCAGCCAAUCAGGAUGCAGUAUCGCCAGCGACUCAGGGAGUAGCAGCCUAUCCGAUAUUUACCAGGCCACAGAGAGCGAGCUGGGAGAUGUGGACCUGUCCGGACUUCCAGAGGCUGCGGUGGACAGCGAGGAAGAGGAGGAAGAUGAGGACUUGGAGAGAGCUUCAGACACUCUUCUGGGCCGAGACCUGGUUCGAGAGAGUCUGGAAAAAGACCCAGCCGACCGCAACGAUGACGACAUAGAGCAACUACUGGAGUUCAUGCAUCAGCUGCCUGCUUUUGCCAACAUGACCAUGUCUGUGCGGAGAGACUUGUGUAGUGUCAUGGUGUUUGAGGUGGUGGAGCAGGCUGGCACCGUCAUGCUGCACGACAAACAAGAGCUGGACCUCUGGUACGUUAUCCUUAACGGGGCAGUGGAGAUCAGCCAUCCAGAGGGAAGAGUGGAGACUCUGUGUAUGGGCAACAGUUUUGGCAUCUCACCCUCACUGGACAAACAGUAUAUGAACGGAGAAGUUCGCACCAAAGGGGACGACUGCCAGUUCGUCUGCGUUGCCCAGGAGGACUACUGGCGCAUCCUCAACCAUGUGGAGAAGAACACGCACAAGGUGGAGGAGGAGGGGGAGAUCGUGAUGGUGAAAGAGCACCGUGAGCUGGACCGCAGUGGAACCAGGAAGGGACACAUUGUCAUCAAGGGAACCCCAGAGCGUCUCAUCAUGCACCUGGUGGAGGAACCGUCGGUGGUGGACCCCACCUACAUUGAGGACUUCCUGCUGACAUACAGGACCUUCCUGUCAAACCCCAUGGAGGUCGGCAAGAAACUGCUGGAUUGGUUCCAUGUUGACAGCCUCCGGGACACAGUGACGAGAAUAGUGCUGCUGUGGGUCAACAACCAUUUUAAUGACUUUGAGGGUGACCCAGCCAUGACACAAUUCCUGGAGGACUUUGAGAAACAUCUAGAAACCACAAAAAUGAAGGGCCAUUUGCGGCUGCUGAACAUAGCAUGUGCAGCCAAGGCUAAGUGGAGACAGAUUACUCUGCAGAAGGCAUCCAGGGAGUCACCGCUCUACUUCAGCGUACAGGGCGGCAGCGAGAGAGGAUUCGGCAUCUUUGUUGAGUCGGUAGAAGUAGGGAGCAAGGCAGCAGAGGCCGGACUCAAACGGGGAGAUCAGAUCAUGGAGAUCAAUGGUCAGAACUUUGAGAACAUCUCCUUCUCCAAAGCUGUUGACAUUCUGAGAAACAACACACACCUCUCUCUCACUGCCAAAACCAACAUAUUUGUCUUCAAAGAGCUCCUCAGCAGGAUUGUGCAUGAGAAGAAGAAUGGCGGGCCUCACAUUCCCAAGAUCCAGGAGAAAAAAGGCAAUCGCUUUUCCAUCCCAGACCUUCCUGGAGACAUGGAGUUUCCUACAGACCACAAGAGCACCAGGAAACUGAAGGCCAACACUGUGUCAGGAGGACGAAACAAGAUCAGGAAGAUGCUGGAGAAGACGCGCUUUAGUAUACUUCCACCCAAACCAUUCAGGGGCCUGUUUGGUGAUGGUGGCAUGGGUCAGUCUCAGGACGACAGCAUUGUGGGUACCAAGCAGUGUCGUCACAGCGUGGCCAUCAUGCCCAUCCCUGGAAACCUGUCGUCCAGCAGCCCCGACCUGCUUCACCCGGCCUCUAGCGUCCUUGACUUCUCCAACCCUGCAGCCCUGGGACUCUACUACAUCCCAGACCAGGUGAUUCGGGUGUUCAAGGCCGACCAGCAGAGCUGCUACAUCAUCAUUAGUAAGGACACUACCGCCAAGGAUGUGGUUGCCCACACUGUCAAUGAGUUCGGCCUCCUUGCAGCACCCGAGACCUACUCGCUGUGUGAGGUAUCAGUUAGCCCAGAGGGAGUCAUAAAACAGCGGCGUCUGCCCGACCAGCUCUCCAAACUGGCUGAUCGGAUUCAGCUCAAUGGCAGGUACUACCUGAAGAACAAUAUGGAGACGGAGACGUUGUGUUCAGAUGACGAUGCACAAGAUCUCCUCAGAGAGAGUCAGAUCACUCUGUUGCAGCUCAGUACCAUGGAGGUCGCUGCCCAGCUCUCCAUGAGAGACUUUGAGCUCUUCAGGAACAUCGAGUCCACCGAGUACGUGGACGACUUGUUUAAACUGGACUCUUCGGUGGGAAGUGGGAAUCUGAAACAGUUUGAGGAGGUGAUAAACCAGGAGACCUUCUGGGUUGCCACAGAGAUCCUGAAGGAGCCCAACGCCCUGAAGAGGAUGAAAAUCAUCAAGCACUUCAUCAAGAUCGCCCUGCACUGCAGAGAGUGCAAGAACUUUAACUCUAUGUUCGCCAUUAUUAGCGGUCUGAACUUGGCACCGGUGAAUCGGCUACGGAGCUCGUGGGAGAAAUUGCCCAGUAAGUACGAGAAGCUGUUUGUAGACCUGCAGGAUGUCUUCGACCCGUCUAGGAACAUGGCCAAGUACCGCAACGUCCUGAGCAGCCAGAGCAUGCAACCACCCAUCAUCCCACUGUUCCCAGUGGUCAAGAAGGACCUCACCUUCUUGCAUGAAGGCAACGACUCCAAUGUAGACGGUCUUGUGAACUUUGAGAAGCUGAGGAUGAUCGCCAAGGAGAUCAGACACGUGGUGCGGUUGACCUCGGCAAACAUGGACCCUGCCCUCAUGUUCAGACAGAGGAAGAAGAGGUGGAAGAGUUUAGGGUCUUUGAGUCAAGGCAGCACCAACUCCAACAUGCUGGACGUGCAGGGUGGUGCCCAUAAAAAGCGAGUACGUCGCAGCUCGCUCCUCAAUGCUAAGAAGCUGUACGAAGACGCCCAGAUGGCCAGAAAGGUGAAGCAGUACCUGUCCAACCUGGCAGUGGAGAUAGACGAGGAGAAACACCAAAUCAUGUCCCUGCAGUGUGAGCCGGCUUACAGCACUUUGUCUAAAAACUUGGGUGAGAGACGAUCCACUAAGUCGGACAUGUCUCCAGUGUCUCUGCGGUCGGCUCUGCCCUCGGGGAAAACACAAAACAGGGUGUCACAAGUCCUUCAGGUCCAGGUCCCUCUGAACCCUCUACGGAAGAAGAGCACUGCCAAGGACAUAGGCCCACCCAACUCCCAUUCUCCCCAGGUGGUGAAGAAACCUCCAGUGAACUCGUCAGAGGAAUGGAGUACCAAGAGACCAUCUGAUGACACCGUCUCCACCAUCUCCUCCCUUCACUCUAGCCCCACGGUGUCGCCACAGGGCUCCCCACGCAAAGUGGGAGGCGUGGCCAAGUCCCAGAAUUCCAGCCAGAUGAACUUGUCCGGAUCUUCGUUGUCACUGACCAGCGACGCCAGCACAAAGGCCGGCACCAACAGCCUGCGGAGCUACGGCAUAGGUUAUGCUCUCCUGCCAGCCGGUAAAGCAGACAACCUGUCGGACUCAAGUCACAGUGAGAUCUCCUCCCGCUCCAGUAUCUGUUCCGUCGACUCCGUGCCGGCUCCUGGGUCUGACGACCGAUGUAACAGCAGCAACAGGACCUGUAACGCUGCUGCUGCUGUUAUUACUUCUACAACUACUACUACAACUUCUGCUGCAGUUGUUGAGAGCAUAGCAGCAACGCAUGCAUACUUAAAUGCUGAGUACAACCAGCCCAGCACAAGUAGUUCCUCGUCAUUAGUUCGAGGAUAUGUUUCGCGAGCCUCCACCUUCACCUCCUCCAUCUCAACGGAGGAGCUGACCCCGGACCACACCUCUCUGGACUCUGUGGCCGACAGCGGCCGCGGCAGCUGGACAUCAUGCUCCUCCAACUCCCACGACUCCUUCCAGAGUCUCCCCCCCUCCUCCUGCCGGCCCUGGGACCACGGCAUCCACGGGCUCCCGCACACUCACCUGGGCGCCUUCAAGCACAUGCAGCUGGCUGGACCGAUAGCCGAGGUCGAGGGCGCCGCUCGCGCCUGGAUAAACGAAGAUGCCACUAAGCAUCACUCUAGAAACUCCAGCUCAGAUCUCUCCAAUCAGUCGCGGCAGAGCUGGGCGUCGUCCAGCUCGCUGUCAGACACCUACGAGGGGAAUUACGGGACAAUAAAGCGGCGAAACACCUCGGAGCACCCCUCCUCACCAACCAACGAGGAAGGAGGGCAAAGCACAGACCCUGUCUACAAAACGGUGACGUCAAGUACAGACAAAGGCCUGAUAGUGUACUGUGUAACAUCCCCCGCCAAGGAUGAGCGUUACCGAGCUCCCCCUCCCACCCCUCCAGGCUACCAGGGUCUGGCUCUGGGGGAUCUUGGCCUCACAGACGGAGUAGUAGGUGGGCCAGGAGGUCUCCUCCCCAGGCCUCCUCACCUCCGACCUCCCGACUACAGCGUGGCCCUGCAAAGGAGCAAACUCCUGCAGAGCCCCGGAGCGGCCGGCGGUCUGGCUGAAGCGCGGAGGCUGGCUAGUAACCAUCACCUCCUCCAGCAAGAGGCCCGGACAGCUGGCUCCACGCAGGGCCAGUCCAGACCGCCCAGCAUCUGCCUCCCACCUAAGGAGCUGGCUGACAGUGAGGACGAUGAGCAAGUGUCAGCAGUGUAAAGACAAGUUGUGUUGAUCAGGCUUUGGACUAAACCAGCAGCCUGCCAUAAAAACCUGUCCGAGCACAUUCUCCAAGCCCCACACAACCCUCUGUGACAUCACCACGGACCAUGAUGCACCCCUCGACCAGACCAGUGGGUCUUGUGAACUCUCUUUUCCACCUCCCAAGACUUUUACGAUUAACUAUUUUUAAACCCAUUUCACAAAACAAAGAAGAGAAGAAAGAUUUUAGAUACUUUUAAAAAGUUCCUAAACAUGCAGAAAAAGGCGGGGGACGGACGUAUAAAAGGCUGCCUCGGAAACUGACCACCAUGUACCUCCAUCUUGCGCUCCAAGCGUUCUUGUUUAGUUAGAGGUGUUUCACAUUGGUUUUAACAGUUUUAUUGUUGUACAAAGAUUCUUAUUUUCAUUUGCAUUUUUGAGCUUUGCAAAGUUUUAUGUAAGGAGGAGGAGGAGCAGACAAAGGGAUUGAAAGCUGUAGUCAGUAGUUUAAAAAUGACGGACAUCAGCUCAUGGGGAAUUCUUUUGGCAGUUUUUGUUCGUGGUUUGCUGUCAGAUAAAAAGAAGAUGAAUGGAGAUGAAUAAAAGACUAGAUUUGGGUUUUUUUAAGGGGUCGUUAUGGGCCUCUAUCAAACCCUGGCACUGAUGAUUUAUGGACAUAAGUAAGAUCAGUUCCUAAACAAAUAAAUCAAAUGGCAACCAUGGUUUUCCCUCCUCCUUGGGAGGUGAAAAACGAGAAAUUAAACUCCUGAAGUAGCAGCCAGAGACCAUGUCUGUUUGUGUUUGCGAACCUAUUGUACUUUGUUGAUCUUUACAGAAAGAAAGACAGAAAAAAAAAAAAGACAAACGGCAUCUCUCAGGCAGUUGUGUGUCUUCGUGUCACGCUGUCCGCCAACCAAUCACCUCUCUUAUUGCUUGUUCAGUCUGACGCGAGGUACUUUAGCGGCAUGCUGCCUCCUGGAUGUUCCAUAAAAACUAUAUUAUAACUCGUUUUUAAUGAGCUGAAGAACAAAUGCCUCGCUGCUUCUUGUGGAGUAAAAAGUGCAUUGUUAUUUUAUUGCUAUGAUAAAACGAUAAAUUAGCACUGUGUGGUCGCACAACGUGCAUGGAGAUGGUGUGCAUAAAAACAGUGUUUACACCAACGCUUACACAUUUUGUUUACAGUGUUUAUUGGACUAGUUGUUUAUUGAAUUACAUGCUGAGAUGUUAAAGUGUAACGCUUUAGGUUCAUUUGACCUUGUACAUUUGUUUAUAAAGCAGCGGGAUAAUGAGAUGCAGGAAAAACUUUGACUAUGUGCUCACAGUGUACCUCUCGUAUCGGUUUUGCUUCUUAUUUAAAAGAACGAGCAACAAAACUAGUCAACAGAUAAUGUAUUUUAACACCCGGCUUGCAUCUCCAUUCCAUGUUCAUAGUACAUUUUGUAGAAUAUUUAAAGGAUUUGCUUGAAAAAUUAUCUAUUUGUAUUGAAAACUGAAGCAAAUUUGUAAAUUCUGAGUAUUGUUUUGGAAAUGGAAAAAUUGUUGCAGUGCAGCAGGGGUGUAACUGGAAUUAGACGUUCUUUUCUUCUGCUGUCUGUCUCGUGCUCUGUGAUGCUUCUUUUGUAUUCUUUUGCCACACAAAGACUUGAAAUGAAUAAUUCUAAUAUAUACAUGGCAUAUAUAUGAAUUUAUACAUAUAUAUUUAGGUUUUUUCGUUGCCAUGAGAAGAGAGUCCUCUAUAAAGGCUAUUUUUGAAUAUUUUGUUAGGAGAAAUAAUCCAACGUUGUGAUUGCCCUGUUUCUGUCUUCGGGCAGGAGUCUUUCAAGAAAUUUAGUUUAAAUAUAGUUCUUGUCAUUGUUGACUGUUUUGACUUGUUUUCUCCCCCCACACUCUGUUGCUGGUGCCAUUUCUGCUCUGUCUAUAAUCAAAAUUGCUGCUGGGUUUUGGGAUAUGAGUGCUUGUGUGUGCGUGCGUGCGUGUGUGUGCGUUGUGGAAAUAUAUUUGCAAGAUUGAGAUCAACAUAACAAUUUUUUUUUUUUCCUUCUUGAUUGACUAUGGGUGUACAGCACAUAAGGAAAGGCUGAAAAGUCAAAUUCUGUAAAAAAAAAAAAAAAAAAGGCACAGGGCAUUCAGACUCAGGCUGGAUGAUUGAAAAAGGUUUUUUGAUGCCAUUAUAUCCCAGUUUGAUUUUAACAGAACAAUCCCUGCCAUGAUGUUGUGUCUAGUAUAGUCUCUGUUCCAUCUCAGCUAUGUCAACUCAGGAGGACUUUCAACUUUUCUCUUCCCUGUACUCAUUUAAUGAAUAUCACUCCAAGUUUUUAUAUGAAUCAGGAGUAUCCACUGUGACCCUCACCCAAGUCCCUUGAUUGUUUUAAAUCCAUCUUGAUAGCAGAAACUUCAUAACAGACAGUCACAUAAUGACAAUUCUAUCCUCUUAUUUUUUUGCACAACUGUAUUCCUCAGAUUCUUAACCAUAAAUCAGUAUUAAUGUUCUGCAUGAAUGGACCAUUUAAAAAUUAACAGCAUAUUUUCUUUCCAAGUAUUAGCCUGGAUGUUAUGAUUUUAGUCAGUGUGUGUGUGUGUGUGUGUGUGUGUGUGUGUGUGUGUGUGUGUGUGUGUGUGGGUUGUGUGCGUUGUGUGUGUGUGUGCGCGGUGCAUAUAUAUAUAUAUAUAUAAAUAUAUAUAUAUAUAUAUAUAUAUAUAUAUAUAUAUAUAUAUAUAUAUAUAUAUAAUAUAUAUAAUAUACACACUCACUCACACCUGCUUUCUGAUGUUGGAUUGAGAGCUUAACAUCAGGCAACAGUUUACAGAAUUUACGAAUGAAACUUGGCACACGUUGGUCACAUUGGAUGUUUGUUUAAUUCCUCUCGUGCUCUGUAAACACUCCAAAAUACAUUUUUUGUUUCCUUUUUAUUUUUUAGGGCUUAAUUCCCCCCCCCCCAAGUCCAGUCCUGACAUGUUACCCAGAAUGCAAUAAGAGAGAUGUGUGUUUUAUGUAGACAUCUUUUUUUUGGCAUUACAGCAGAAAUGCACAACAAUAAGCUUCAGUGUGGUGAGUGUGCUGCACAAUCUGUACAAAGAGGUAUUAACUUGGUCUGUGGCUUAAAGUUUGCUUUCGUCUCACUUCUCAUAGCUGUUGUAACUUAUGUCUUUUAGAAAGACAACAUGAUUUUGCUCGUAAGCUUUUUAUGUAUUUUUUACGAGUGAUUGUAAAUAGUUGUUAUAUUUUUGUUUAAGAGAAUGUUUAAAAAGGAAAAAAAUACCUUUUAUUUCUCAAAGUCUACUGAUAAGAAUUUGGACAAUGAAUAAAAUGUUAAAACGA